AUGAAUUGUAAUACACCACCUUUCUUUAUAAAAGAUGAUGCUCGAUCAUCCGUGUACAUAGUCGAUGAUGACUGUAGCACGCUCAGUCAUGAAACCACCAAUUCCAAUGAAUCUUUUUAUUUGAAUUCGAAAAGAACCAAAAGAUACAAUUCGAUACAAGAUCCAGAUAACGACGAUCACGACUUGAUCGGAUUAGCACCCAGUAGUCGAAGGAGAAUGUCAAUUCCAUCUGACAAAAUACAUUUAAAUACAAUUCCACCUGCCACGUUUUGGAAUACUUUUAAUACCAGAUCAAAAUAUUAUCUGCCAAUACUUCAAUGGAUACCACUUUACAAUCGUCAUGAUUUUAGCCAAGAUAUGAUAUCAGGAUUAUCCCUGGCUGCUCUAUUUAUCCCUCAAGCAUUAUCUUAUGCAACUGCACUCUGUAAAAUACCUGCCAUUCAUGGAUUGUAUACUAUCUCCAUUACCACCAUUGUCUAUGCAUGUUUAGGCAUGUCUCCCCAAUUAUCUGUUGGACCAGAAGCAACUGUCUCAUUAAUUGUUGGUUCGGGUAUCGCACAUCAGCAGGCCAUUUCAAGACAUCCAUUUGAUCCAGAAGCAGCAGCAGCUAUCGCGAGUUUAACCGCAUUAUUCACUGGUUUAUUCACACUUGCCUUGGGAUUAUUAAGAUUUGGUUUUCUCGAUAGUUUGAUGAGUAGAUCCUUAUUACGUGGAUUUGUCACAGCUGUUGCUAUUCUCGUACUUGUCCAACAAUCCAUCUCGUUAUUGGGUCUCAAUGCAUUAGCGGUCGAAGCAGGAUUGACGCCAGAUUCAACCACCAUCCAAAGACUCCUAUUUGUGUUCUCCCAUUUUAAUCAAUGCCAUCGUCUCACUUCGGCAUUUUCAUUGGGUGUCUUGUUCAUCUUGAUUAUAUGGGGUUACCUCAAGCCAAAACAUAAAUCCGUGAUAAGCCGAAUUCCAGAGGUAUUAGUGGUUGUAAUUGCAAGUAUUGUGAUCUGUCGAUCCUUUCAUUUAGACCAAAGCGGCCUAGACAUCCUGGGACAGGUUGGGCAUCCGGUUUCCGGCUAUAGCUCACCAUUACCCAUACCCAGUGUACCUAAAUUACCAGAGCAUGCAGAUAUCAAGGCCAUCAUUGUCAAUGCUGCUAUCAUUACUAUUAUUGGUUUUGUCGAAUCCGUAGCAGCUGCUAAAACAUUUGCAAGAAAACAUACUUAUUUUGUCAGCGCCAAUCGAGAGCUUGUAGCUCUAGGUAUUGCAAAUAUCUUUGGUAGCAUGUUUCAAUCAUUUCCUGCUUUUGGCUCUUUCCCCAGAAGUAAAGUACACGAAUCGUUGAGACCCAAGACCCAAAUGUCAGGUUUGCUAUCUGGAUUGACCUGUAUUCUUGUCACCUCCUUGUUGCUACCCCAAUUAUUUUAUUUACCUAAUGCCACCUUGAGCUGCAUUAUUUUUUUGGCGGCACUUGCAUUAUUACGUGAGUUACCCGACGAUUUAAGGUUUAUCGUAAAAGUACGUGCAUGGAAGGACGUGGCCUUGAUGGCCACCACUUUUUUGACGACCAUGUUUUUCUCCUUGGAGAUGGGAACAGCGGUAGCUGUCAUGUUUAGUUUGUUGAUUACCGUGCAGCAAUCGAGCUACCCUCGCGUUACGAUUCUAGGUCGAGUCAAAGAGACUGCCUAUGAGUUCCAGCCCAUGCAUCACUUGAAAGAAAAAGUGGAGCAUUUAAAGAAUAUUUUGAUUGUUCGUAUUGAAGAGCCAUUAAAUUUUGCAAAUACAGGACAAUUAAAGGAUCGGUUGCGAAGAUUAGAAUUGUUUGGAGAUAUGGCAGUGCAUCCAUCUGAACAACCUCGUCGACAUCAUUUGACGUACAUUGUAUUAGAUUUAGGCGGUAUGGAAUUUAUUGAUGCAAGUGCAGUUCAGAUUCUGUACGAAAUUAUUCAAUCGUACCACGAACAACGCGUGACAGUGAUUCUGGUGAACGGGCAACCGAAUGCUAUGGAACUCAUUCACCGUGCGGGUAUUGUAGAACUCAUCGGACAUCAUUUUUACUUUAAGGAUGUGACGGAUGCCAUUAAAUCGAUUGAAGAAGACCUUACCUAUACAUCCUUCCCUACCAGUCAUAGAAUGGGAGGCAACUUCUUGGUUGAUUGA